AUGGCUCGUACCAAGCAAACAGCUCGCAAGUCCACCGGUGGCAAGGCCCCAAGGAAGCAACUCGCCACCAAGGCCGCUAGGAAGUCUGCUCCGGCCACCGGAGGAGUGAAGAAGCCACACAGAUUCCGUCCAGGAACUGUUGCACUGAGAGAGAUCAGGAAGUACCAGAAGAGCACUGAGCUUCUGAUCCGAAAGCUUCCGUUCCAGAGGCUCGUGAGAGAGAUUGCUCAAGACUUCAAGACUGAUUUGAGGUUUCAGAGCUCUGCUGUCGCGGCUCUUCAGGAGGCAGCUGAGGCGUACUUGGUGGGUCUCUUUGAGGAUACGAAUCUGUGUGCUAUUCAUGCCAAGAGGGUCACUAUUAUGCCUAAAGAUAUUCAGCUUGCAAGGAGGAUUAGAGGCGAGAGGGCUUAG